GUUUGUUACCCAUUUAAAACGCCGAAUUACAAAUGUGGAAAAAGUCCAUGUACCACAGUUUGAAAAUCCAUGUGACCCCGAAAAUAGUUCCCAUGUAAAUGUUGCCAGUGGAAAAGCAUUAUUGAUGGAUAAAAUCAACCCUGAGAGAAUUCAGAGUAAGAGAAAUCUUAGAGAGCGAUCUGUCACUCAAAGAUCAAAUGAAACUGGUAUUAUUGCAUUCUAUGCAUAUAUGUCUUCGAUGGUUGGGAACCCUAGUACACGCCUAGUAUUGGUCUUUGAUGUAGUUCGAACCAACAUUGGAAAUGCAUACCAUGCUUCAACUGGGGUCUUUAUUGUUCCUGAAUCUGGAGUCUAUGUGUUUACCUGGACAUUUCGAUCAGGGAAUGGUGAUGGCCACUCAGUUCAACUAAUGAUAAAUACAGUAGAAUAUGGUUCUGUUUAUCAUCGCACACUGAGAGCUGUAGAAGCAGAAGAAACAGGAAUAGUUGUUGCGCAGGUAACUACCGGAGACGAUGUUUAUGUGAGGAUAAAAUCCAUAUAUCGUCUAGGGAUAGCACACUAUAUCCAAAGCGAUUCCGAUGGGAGAACAUCUUUUGCAGGAUGGAAGCUGUAAAGUAGAUGUAUGUCUGCAUCAGUUAAUGAAGAAUACCAUUCAUUAAUUUUUGAAUUUAUAAACUGCUCUCAUUUUUUUAAUUGCAAAGACAAUUUACACACAAAAAUGGAAAUUUGUAGAUGUUACCUGCACUGAAAAUGCAGAAUUUUGUAAAACCGAAGUACAUAUUAAUUAUCCUGCUCUUGUACUUUUACAUUUUAAGUGUUGAAAUAUUUUUCAUUGACAAGAACACCAUUAAUACUUAUUGAUGGAUGAGCUCAAGAAACCUAAGCAAGCUUAAAGUGGCUUACUUUUUAAGAAAGCUGUAAUAAUGUAGCCUUUUCUAUUUUUCCUCUCCAGGAAAUGUCAGAUUAAAAAAAAUCGGAGAAUGCUACAUUAUUGCAGCUACUUUUUAAGGUAGUUCAAUCCUUAUGUUCUGAAAAUCAGCAGUUAAGUGAUUGAAGUCACCCGAGUAGUGCAGUGGUUAGA